AGCCACCAUGACACCUGAUGGUCGUAUUUCAUAUCUAUUAACCCCUUAAGGACCAAACUUCUGGAAUAAAAGGGAAUCAUGACAUGUCACACAUGUCAUGUGUCCUUAAGGGGUUAAGGAAGUAUUGUCUGUUUUUCUAAGUAGAGCAAACAAUAAUUUAUAGUGACCGAUUUCCUUUAAUUCCCAGUAUAUUUCUUUCAGGUAUGUCUGUCAGGAGAAGGUGAUAUGGAAAGAGGUGACAAGAACAGAAAUACAUGCAGCAAGGCUAUGAAGAAAUCUUUUAAUAACAGAACCAAGGAGUCUAACUCUGAAAAAUCAAGCAUUUUUUCAGAUUCCUAUAUGUUAUCAAAAGCGACCGUAAACAUAAACCUCAAACCUUUCUCGUGUUCUGAAUGUGGAAAAUGUUUUAGGGGUCACUCCAAUCUUAUGAAACAUCAGAGAACUCACACAGGAGAGAAACCAUUCUCAUGUUCUGAAUGUGGAAAAUGUUUUGGGCAACAUUCACAUCUUGUUGCACAUCAGCUUACUCACACAGGACAGAAACCGUUCUCAUGUACUGAAUGUGGGAAAUGUUUUGCCAGUAAAGCAGGGUUUGUCAGUCAUCAGAUAACUCACACAGGAGAGAAUCCCUUCUCAUGUACUGAAUGUGGAAAAUGUUUAGUCUCUAAAGCAGGGCUUGUCCAUCAUCAGAGAAUUCACACAGGAGUGAAACCGUUCUCAUGUUCUGAAUGUGGGAAAUGUUUUGCUAGUAAAGCAGAGCUUGUCAGUCAUCAGAGAACUCACACAGGAGAGAACUCUUUCUCAUGUACUGAAUGUGGAAAAUGUUUUAGGAAUCACUAUAGUCUUGUUAUACAUCAGAGAACUCACACAGGAGAGGAACCGUUCUCAUGUUCUGAAUGUGGAAAAUGUUUUAGGUAUCACAAUAGUCUUGUAAUACAUCAGAGAACUCACACAGGAGAGAAACCAUUCUCAUGUUCUGAAUGUGGAAAAUGUUUUAGCUGUCACUCAGGUCUUGUUAGACAUCAGAGAACUCACACAGGAGAGAAACCGUUCAUAUGUUCUGAAUGUGGAAAAUGUUUUAUUGCUAAAGCUGAGCUUGUCCAUCAUCAGAGAUCUCACACGGGAGAGAAACCGUUCUCAUGUUCUGAAUGUGGAAAAUGUUUUGUCUCUAAAGCAGGGUGUGUCCGUCAUCAGAGAACUCACACAGGAGUGAAACCAUUUCCAUGUUCUGAAUGUGGGAAAUGUUUUGCUAGUAAAGCAGAGCUUGUCCGUCAUCAGAGAUCUCACACAGGAGAGAAACCUUUCCCGUGUUCCUUAUGUGGAAAAUGUUUUUGGCAAAAUUCAAAUCUUGUCCGUCAUCAGAGAUCUCACACAGGAGAGAAACCGUUCUCAUGUUCUGAAUGUGGAAAAUGUUUUGCCGCUAAAGCAGACCUUGUCUGUCAUCAGAGAUCUCACACAGGAGAGAAACCGUUCCCAUGUUCUGAGUGUGGAAAAUGUUUUAGUCAACAUUCAAAACUUGUGAGGCAUCAGAUAACUCAUACAGGAUAAAGCUGUUUUCAUGUUCUAAAUGUGGAAAAUGUUUUAGCUAUCACUCAACUCUUAUUACACAUCAGAGAACUCACACAGGAGAUAAACCAUUCUCAUGUACUGAAUGUGGAAAAUGUUUUGUCAAUAAAGCAGAGCUUGUCCAUCAUCAGAGAACUCACACAGGAGAGAAACCAUUCUCAUGUUCUGAAUGCGGAAAAUGUUUUUCCAUUAAACAUUAUCUUGAUAGGCAUCAGAGAUCUCACACAGGUGAUGAGUCUCUACAAUUUUAUAAUGCAUCUAUGGAUUAACAUGGGAAUAAAAUAUCUUGUAGUGUGAAAUUUUCUCAUGUUGACACAAUAAAUAGUAACUUUGAUAGUAGUGUGACACCCCCAUGCUAUUGUCCGUAGGUGCCUAACCUGCACCGCUAACUCUGCUCCCCUCGGCAGCUGGCUCACUGGCAACUCAGGAUACAUUGUGGUUGUAUAUCUUGGCUGUUACAGAGUGAAGGGCUAGUUCCCCCAACCUCUAUGUUAAAACAGACUUCAAGCAAAGGUUAUGUUUACAUCUAAUUCUCUAGAGGUUUUUUUUUUUUAGGGCAUGCAAUGCAGCUGAGACUAAAAUAAAUAUACCAAUCAGACAUUCAUACUUUGGAGUCAAAGAGCCUUCUGGAAAAUAUUUAAUGAGCUUGAAAAUAACUGUGGUGUUGUAGGAUUUUUUUUCUUUGUAAUAUUAUUAUUAUCAUUCUUGUAUUAGUUGCAAAUUGCAUAAUUUCAGACUUCUUUCAUACACAGGAACUGAGAGGCUCUACCUAGACAUCUAAUAUUUAAUUAUAGGACAUAUGUCCGUUGUCUAUCAAUGGUCAACAAUAUGGUUCUUGUUCAGAAGACUUAAUUGUAUUAAGAAGAGCCUCUUUCUGAAUGCAUUUAUUUAAACAUGUAUAGUAAAGUCCUUUGUUUAUAUUAUAUUUUACCCCUCUCCCAAGUAUAACCAUUUUCAUAACGUAAGACUUUAAUCAUAGAUUGGACAGAAUAGUGAUUAAGCCACAACCCUUUUUACACUUCUUUUAAAUAAUCAAAUAGCUAGAUAUUCACCACCAUCACUUAACAUCAAAAAUGCUUAUUAAAAUGGAUAUUAACUUGAUAGUUCAUACAUAUUGCUGCAUUGGUCCAGAUGUGUGCAAAUGUUUUUUUGUUAUUUUCGGAUUGGCAUGUAUUGUUUGAAUAAAUAUCAAUUUUAAAGCUGCAAAACAAUGUGAUUUUAUUAUUGGAACUCUGAU